AUGGUCACCCUCGAUGAGGUCACUGGCCUUCUCCAGAAAAAGUCGGAUUCAGAGACAACGCAGCUCGCAAGAGCACCUUCAACCUACAAGCCCCUAGCCACGUUUCUCUUGAAAAAAGACAGGUCCUACCAGCAACAAUUUGCCGACGUUUACUUCCUCCGCCUCACGCGUAUCAAACCUGCUGUAGAAAAGAUCGCAGCCGAAGCCUGGGAUGGCACCGUCAUUGGCGGGGAGCCGGCGAAGCAGGUCAAUCGAGUCCUCGACGUCCGACAGGGUGAGCUGUGCUGGGUGGCUGGUACCAUCUACAUGGAGAUGCGAUUGAAGCCCAAUAUUCUCGAGGAUGUGUCCAAAGACCGCUGGAUCUCGGCCCCCAUCUCGACUGAGAAAUACUACUCCGACGACGACCAGGACCAGGUCAUGAUUGAGGACGACUCGGGUCGCAUCAGGCUCGUAGGCGAUGUCCUCAAGACGGUCAACCUCGUCACGGGCUGCGUCAUCGCUGUCAUGGGAUCUGAAAACGCCAACGGCGAACUCGAAGUCAUUGAUAUCAAGUUUGCCGACAUCGCCCCCCAACCAGAGCGCUGGGAUCUUACCAAGCCCCCCUCCAAUGGCAAGCAACAGGUCAAGGACGAGGAUGAAGAAAUGAAGGAUGCCCCAACUGCCGAGUCGGGCGGCAGCAAGAUUGCCAUCGUCUCCGGUCUCUCCUUCUCCGGCCAUGAUGCUUCGUACGCUGUCGAGCUCGACCUGCUCCUGGAAUACCUCCUCGGCGAGUCACUCGAUCCAUCUGCCCAAAAAGAGGCCUCAAACAUCAGCCGCCUCAUUAUUGCCGGAAACUCCAUAUCACUGACCGAGGCGCCGAAGCUGGACCCCAGUGCGACAGACAAGAAGCCCGUCACCAAGAAAUAUGGCUACGACUCGUCUACCUACAACCCGGUCCCCAGCCAGCUGCUCGACGACUUUCUCGCGGAGCUUCUCCCUUCCAUGCCCAUCACUCUGCUGCCGGGCGCCCAGGAUCCCGCCAACGCAAGCUAUCCUCAGCAGCCGAUCCACACCGCCAUGUUCCCCAAAGCGAGACCCUGGUCCGUCCAUCCUGACGCGAACGAGGCCGGGUGGUUCGACAACACGACCAACCCGUGGGAGGGUGAAAUCGACGGAUGGAGAGUCCUCGGCACGGGCGGUCAGAACGUCGACGACGUGUUCAAGUACAUCGAUAGUGAAGAUCGUUUGGGCAUGAUGGAGGCCAUGUGCAGGUGGAGGUGUAGUGCACCUACUGCUCCUGACACUCUUUGGAGUUACCCUUUUCAAGAUGACGACCCUUUUGUCAUCAAGUCGGCACCUCACCUCUACUUUGUCGGGUGCCAGCCCGAGUUCUCGACCAAGGUCGUUCAGGGGCCCGAAGGCCAGCAGAUCCGCCUCAUCACGGUGCCUUCUUUCUCGGAAACGAAGGAGGUUGUGCUGGUGGACACGGAGACGCUCGAGGUGUCCAAGGUUCGCAUCUCUACAGCUACUUGA